AUGAAAACGUGUGCUGAAUACGAUAAAGUUUUGCAUUGCGAAAUCGCUGAAAGAUGCUCUCAAAAUGAGUUCGCCUGUUGUUCAAUGCCUCAAAAAUGCAUUUCAAUAAGAAGACGAUGUGAUUCUUACUUGGACUGUAAUGAUGGAGCUGAUGAGAAUAAUUGCCAAGUAAAAAAAAACAAACUUUAUUCAUCAAUGAAAGCAAUUUUGAGUAAAACGUGUUUUCAAGCUUCCUGUGGUAUCGCACAGUUCGCUUGCGUUAAAAGUGGUCGCUGUAUCCCGGCAGAGAAACGUUGUGACGGUAUUGCAGAUGAUUGUGCUGAUGGCAGCAAUCUGGAUGAAAUCGGCUGUACCAAAAAUACAACUUGCAUUGGUAAAUUUAUGUGUGAUAGUGGAUUAUCAAAAGCAGUGAUGGGCGAUUUGAGCUGCAUUGAUUACUCGAAGAAUUGUGAUGGUGUUAAGGACUGUCCGAAUGGUGAGGACGAAAUGAACUGCAGUAAGUAA